UCCCAAUUACAUUGCCUCUCUCUCUCUCUCUCUCUCGCGUCGCUUCUUGUCCCUCCAUUAUUCGCUCUGGCUUCUCUCUCCCUUCCUCCUCUCGUGGGAUCUAUUGUUCUCGAAGCAAAUCUUGGUUGCAGCUCAUCACGUGAAAUUGGCCACGAUCACUUCAAGAGUAUAUGCGUUUACCAUUGAGUGAUAAUUACAAAGUAGAGCUAUGCAGAACAGCGGUCCUCAAACGCCUCGGGUUCGGCAUCGUCGGCGUUCCAAUGAGGUUGUUCAAGAAACUAGUAAAGCAAAUGGAACCCAUUUGCUUGUUAAUGAUCAAAAUAAGUACAGGUCGAUGUUGAUCCGGGCUUACUCAUCUGUGUGGAUGAUCGGGGGAUUUGUGUUUAUUAUUUACAUGGGUCACCUAUACAUCACUGCCAUGAUUGUCGUUAUACAAAUUUUUAUGGCAAGAAAGAACUCUUUCAUUCUACUGAGGAGAGCCCAUGAAGACAGCCGUCUCCCAGGAUUUAGGAUGUUGAACUGGCACUUUUUCUUCACGGCAAUGUUAUUUGUAUAUGGACGUAUUCUCAGUCAACAACUAGUCAACACUGUAACAAUGGAUAUGGUUUUAUAUCAGCUUGUCAGCAAACUUGUCAAGUAUCAUAUGAUUGCCUGCUAUUCCUUGUACAUUGCAGGCUUUGUGUGGUUCAUCCUUACUUUAAAGAAGAAGAUGUACAAGUAUCAAUUUGGCCAAUAUGCUUGGACACACAUGAUUCUCAUUGUGGUGUUUACUCAGUCAUCUUUUACUGUUGCCAACAUCUUUGAGGGAAUAUUCUGGUUUCUUCUUCCAGCAACGCUUAUAGCGAUCAAUGAUAUUGCUGCUUAUUUCUUUGGCUUCUUUUUUGGAAGAACCCCAUUGAUCAAGUUGUCUCCAAAGAAAACUUGGGAGGGAUUUAUAGGAGCAUCUUUUACUACUAUGAUCUCUGCAUUUGUGCUUGCGAAUAUUAUGGGCCGUUUCCAGUGGCUAACAUGUCCAAGGAAGGAUUUAUCUACUGGUUGGCUUCAGUGUGAUCCUGGUCCAUUUUUCAGGCCAGAGUAUUACACUCUAGCUAAAUGGUUCCCUGAAUGGUUUCCUUGGAAAGAUAUGGCAAUAAUGCCAGUUCAAUGGCAUGCUCUCUGUCUUGGUCUAUUCGCAUCGAUCAUAGCACCCUUUGGAGGAUUCUUUGCAAGUGGGUUUAAACGUGCUUUUAAGAUCAAGGAUUUUGGUGACAGUAUUCCAGGACAUGGUGGUAUAACAGAUAGAAUGGAUUGUCAGAUGGUGAUGGCUGUGUUUGCAUAUAUCUACCAUCAGUCAUUUGUAGUGGGUCAGAACUUGAUGGUUGAGAUGAUCUUGGAGCAGAUUCUAAUGAACCUUACUCUCGAAGAGCAACAAACCCUGUUCAUGAAGCUUGGGCAAAUCCUCAACAAGAAGAUGAGCGCACAAUCAUAAGUGAGCAUUACAGCAGUAUGUAACUGGACUUUUCUUUGUCAACUCAUCGUCAGCCAUUGGCUUUGAGCAUAGCAUGCCUGCAGGAGCUCAGUGACAAAAAGGACACUGCACAUGCUGUCUUGUAGUAUUUGCAGCAUUCGCGACUGCAAGGGAGCUUAUUUGUCGGAUGAAUGUUUUGUACAGUGUAUGCUAACCAAUCAUGCAGGUGAAGUCUCGAUCGGCCCAUAUUGGUCUGUGAGACUUGUCUGCACUUUUGUCUUCUUCUUUAUUAGCGCUUUGUCCAAACUGUGACUAAGGGACAAGCAUUAGAUGCCCGAUUUUCGGAUCAAAUGAGAUUAUGUUUAGGAAGGAUAAAGAUGUAGGUGCCCACCAGAUGAAUGUCCCUUGACCUCAUCUCUCAGCGAAACAUUUAUUCUGAUCUCGUUCCA